AUGACAAUCAGUUGGGCUUCAAUACCCAACGACACCACAGUGACCGUUCGAAUCGCUGCCUGUCUGGCAGACAUCUCGGCCUGGAUGAAGGAACACCACCUUCAACUCAACCCUGCCAAGACCGAACUCCUUGUCUUUCCAGCCAACCCGGCUGUUGAACACAACAUCACCGUGCAGCUGGGUCCAACUACAGUUUCGCCUUCCAAAACGGUCAGAAAUCUAGGGGUAACCAUUGAUGAUGAGCUAAAUUUCACAGACCACAUUUCAAAAACUGCAAGAUCUUGUAGAUUUACACUCUACAAUAUCAGCAAGAUAAGACCCUUCCUCUCUGUACAUGCCACACAACUGCUCGUUCAGUCCCUUGUCAUAACUAGACUGGACUACUGUAACGCUCUCAUUGCAGGCCUUCCUGCAUGUGCUAUUAGACCUCUCCAAAUGAUCCAGAAUGCAGCAGCACGUCUGGUCUUUAAUGAACCUAAGAGAGCACAUGUUACACCACUCUUUGUCUCUCUCCACUGGCUGCCGGUUCAUGCCCGUUUUAAAUUCAAGGCCCUGAUGCUGGCAUAUAAAACAGUCACUGGGUCUGCUCCAGCAUACCUAAAAACAUUUAUGCAGAGCUACGUUCCCACCAGAAGCCUGCGGUCGGCUAAGGAACGUCGCCUUGUCGUACCAAAACAAAGAGGCACCAAAACACUUUCCCGGACUUUCAGUUUCAUCAUACCACGGUGGUGGAAUGAUAUUUACAUUUCUUGUUGCACUUAAAUCUGUUUUGUAUACUAUUAUGAUGAUAGUGAAACUUUGUAAUAUGGCACUUUUUGUACCACUGUCUCCCUAAGAUGAUUCGCUGAUGUUCUUCCUCUUUUGUAAGUCGCUUUGGAUAAAAGCGUCUGCCAAAUGAAUAAAUGUAAAUGUAACUCCACAACCUGAUGAUCCAUGUUAUCCAGCAUGAUCCGAGAAUAUAUCUUGUGUGCUUUAAUGGAGGCAAGGAAAUCUGACUUUUUGUACAAAGGAAUUAACAUGCUCAUUGAUGCAUAUUUGAUAAGUGGCACACAGCCAUCAACCGAUAUUGGAUUUUGACGAUAUUGA